AUGGGGGUCAGCAACCCUGUCAAAUACGUCCUGGGCCUGUCCCUUUUCACCAAACGCCCGGACCAGCGGUCUCCGGCGGCGGCAGCGGUGUGGAAGGGGAAGGCCAUCGACCAUCACGGACAGCAGCAGCAUCAUCAUCAUCAUCAUCAGGAGAUCCGCUGGGGCGGUGCCGUGCAGGGUCCAGAUGACGAUGAAGAGUUUGUCGCUGCAGCUGUGCACAUGGCGGUGAGCGAAUCCGACGGCAGCAGAUGCAGCGGAAGCAGUAGCCGGAACAGUAGCGACAGCAGUGGCAGCAACAGCAGCAGCAGCAGCAGCAGCAACAGCAUCCGCAACCCCCACAAACGCCAUUAUGGAGUCGUGCGCGUCGUGAGCUGGGCCAGUCUCGUUGGAGAGCGAUGUCGGUGGACAAUAAGACAGGAACGAGAAUUGGCGAUUGCCGAACAUGAGUUGGCUCGGUGCCAGAAGGCCUGGAGUUCGGAGCAGGAGUUAUGGCUGACUCAGAUCAAGGCUCUGCACGAGGAAAAAGAGGCCCACGAAGAGUUUCUCCAUCACCGCGCAAAGCAGCAGGACGAGGAACAGCAGCAUUUCCGCAAAUCGUGGAAUCGUCGUCGGUCCCAUGAGGAACCGUCGCAACAUCCCACCCCGCCGCACCCACAGCCACCGCAACGGAUGGCUUCGACGCAUCGAGCGAACAGUAAAUUGCGACGCGGCAUUCGGCGCAUGGGAUCAUAA